AUGGCCAAUCUCUCCAACUCACCAAUAACCCAGGUAUCCCAAGUGCCUACGCACACCAACCUCCAGCCUCAACUCCUCACAAGGCUGUUUUUGGAUCUUCGCGGCAGGCGCUUCGAGGUCGACCGAGAGACAAUCAUGAACCUACCGGAAUCCGUUCUGUUAUGUUUGUUUCCCAAUGGACUGGUCCUGAGUAGGCAGAGCAUAGCGCUGUCUGACGGUGGUGGUGACGAUGAGGAAGAAGAGGUGUACGGCGUUGACUUCGAUCCCGACUGCUUCCAAUUUGUUCUUACCUUUUUCCGGAAUGCUUCAGAUAACUUUUAUGGCACUGCAACCAACCCCGGACUCUUUGGCGCGCAGCAGCAUCUCUUCGAAUCCCCGGAUUUCAGUCCGCAAACCUCCCAAAACCCAUUGUUGUCCAAGCAGGCUAUCAUUGUUCUCAGAGAAGAGCUGGAAUAUUUCUCCAUUCCACCAAAGGAUGGGAAGGCUGCUACUGAUCACAAUGGUAUUGCGAAUGAUACAAUGCUUGACAUCAAGCGACGGUCUGGUGACUACCUCAUUGACAAACGCAAUAUUUUCACCGCACUGCAGCGCAACGUGAACAAGGAGAACAAUGUCGCCGAACAACAUCUUAUUGAUAUGUUAUGUAUGAGUGGAUUUGAUCGUGAGGAUGAGUGGGGCUUCCGUGCACUGGAGCCAUCCCGAUGCUGUAUAUCAUCAAUAGCGCUUGUUCUCUUGAAAACAGGCAUCAUUCAUCAUCCCAACGGCGAGAAGCAGGUUGAAAUCGAUGGUGCACAAAUGGCGACGGCCCAGAAACUCCUGUUGUUCUGGCGGAAACCCGCUCGUAAAUGUUGGUGGGACGGAUUAGACAUUGAAUUACCUGCAGUAGGCGAUCAACCCAGCCUCACAGUAAAACUAUGGGCAAGACGGGUCUGGACGCUAGAGCUGAGCCUUGUUUGA